AUGGCCUCUAUGGCAUCUUCCUCUACCCCUUCCUCUUCUCGACCUAGUUCACGCUCCAGACGCAAGACAGCUGAGAAUUGGGACGAUGACUUUGAAUUCGCUCUACCUUCCAAACCUCGGCCGCCAGCCAUCAAGCUCACUUCACAAAAGGAGAAUGAACCAGAGUCUUCGAGACCUACACCCAAGUCCGCGUUGUUAGGCCGGACGAGCCCUGAUUCUGUCUCCUCAUGGUCCGAUUCACCUCCUCGUUCGCCAACUCGUCUGGCUCCUCGUCAUCCGCCAAUCUCUCCUCGAGCCACGACAUCAGCCUCCACAGACCUUCCAAGGUCGUCAUCGACUUCAGAGCACCCAUUGCUGCCCCAUGAUGUCCCACUUCCUCCCACGGUCCGUCGGCGAUCCAAUUCCAACUCGAAAACAAAACUCAUCAAACGUCAUCCCUCUGCGUCAUUCGCUCCUAUCGUCAACCCAUCAACCACGUCCCUCUCGAGCCUAUCGAAUCAUCACAAUCCUCAGCUCAGACAUGCACCUUCAGCAGAGGUCAUGCCUCCUCCGCCCAUCCCAUCGAGAAGGCCUAGUUCCCGAAGCCAAGUGAGAGUCUCCGGCAUACCAUUUUCGCCAAGUCAAGAUGACAUGAAAGAGGGAAAGAAAAAGGGCUUCUGGAAGAGGCUCUCUGGUGUACCCAAUGAUUCCUCUGGACAAAGACGGAGACGCAGCUCAUCGGUGGGAUCUCCUGGCAAGAGCAGCGAAGUCGUACCUCCCUUACCACCUUUACCGCCGAGCAUCCGCUCAUCUUCUUCUACAUCGGUAGCAUCACACAAUGGCGCCUCUUCUCCUGCUCAGCCUCCGACCUCAAUCCUGCGCCGGUCUCACAGCUCGCUAGCUGGUACAGGUAGCACACCCCCGCCAUCCUCAUCGUUUUCUAGGCCGGCUACGCCGCCUCGAGCUUUGUCAAGUGGUUUUCAUCUUCCAUCACCAGUCCACGGAUCUCCUUAUCUGACCUCUCAAAUGCCAAACUCUGCAUCGUCUCUCCCUCCGUCCAGCUCGCACCCCACACCGCUACGCCACGACAGCGAUACAGAGACCGAGGUCGAUGGGACUACACCACGACGUAAACGCAUCCGUCCAGUCUCAGCUGCUCCUGCUCCUCGGCAGACUCCAGCAUCAACGGGCUUCCCUACUGCCACACUUCGUCGCAUCAGCUCAAUGUCCAAGAAACACGGUCGACGUCUCUCUGGGGGUUUCAAGUUUGGCACCACCUCGUCCACUUCAUCUGGUGAAUCCAAAAUGCUCGAGACCGUUGUCGGAUCACCGUCCAAGCCGAUAGUGCAUCGCCCUGAGCCGUCCACCGAGAUUGAUCUGAGAGACAUUCGAAUCGAUAGCGUGUCUGCGCCGAGUUCUUCUUUCCGAGGAUCGUCGCAAAGUGGCAUGACGACAGACAAGUUGGACAAACUGGAGAAGGAAAGUCGACGACAAAGCUGGAAUGACUUCGUCAUCCCUUCAAAAGUCUUGGAACGUCAACGUGAACUUAAGCAGGAAAUCGGUGCCGUGAAGAAAUUCGCAGGAGGACUGGAACGGGUUGGCAAACUAGUGGACCUGCAUCAAUCCUUACGAUCCAAGAUAACGGUGGAGCAGUUAGCGAUUUUCAACGAUUUGGACUCGGAAUACGGUCAAUGGUUGGAGAUGGCAACUGUGCUCAUUGAAGUCGGUGCUACGGGCACUCAAGAUGCCUCGCCUAGGGCCCGUCGUGUGACGCUGGCUUCUGACGAAGCGAAGCAAGCGGGCGAAUUGUUACGUCAAACCGACACGUUUGGACCACGGAAAACGAGCAUGCCUGAUCCCGUCACGGCUGAUACGUCUUUCCAUGAACAAUUGCGAGCUUCAACAGGUCGACAGGAUCUGUCCAAGCGUCAACUCGAAGUCCUGAGGACGAUGUUGAGAACGCCUGUACCGCCGUCGACUGCGCGUCGUAUACCCGUUACACCUCAAAGAGCCAUUGAUCUGUCAUUUCCCUCGCCAUCUGAUUCAGACUAUCUCGAUGCGCCAUCCCCUCAGACGGCUUCAUCCCUGGCGCGACCGCGUCGACCGACCCUAAAAUCCCGUCGUAGCUCGAAAGCUGGACUGGCGGGAUUGAAAGACUUUCUGAAAUCUCUCAAAGGCGUUCCGCCAGGUCAACGAUCAUCUCGGUCUCCUACAAAGUCUGCCUUCUCCCGCGAUGCGACUCCUGUAUCUCCUCUUCAGUCGAGCUUCCCGACUUCCCAGACUUCGCUCUCGGUCUCUACAACUGAUGAUUACGUCUCGAUAUCACCACCAAGACGCAUUCCUUCACCUGAAAAGGCUUCCAAGCGCCCCAGCAUCCGAAGUAUCUUUCGAACUUCUUCAGGCAAUUGGUCAGACCUCGUUCGACCACCCACCACGCCAACUACCAAGACAGGCUUGGAACGACGAUCAUCCCGCUCUUCACGCAAGAGUCAAGAGGCCGAAGAGGCGGACCCUGGUGUACCUCGGUCAUCUCGUCGGAUCCCAAAAACGCCAACAUCAGCUUUUGGCUUCACACCGCCUUGGAAAUCCCCCCGAGAAGCUCUGAGCAAUGGGGAGACUGUCCGACCUCGACGAAAAUCAGGUAUCAUGGGCUUAGGAAAUCCGGGUUCACCAGCUCAAGCCCAACGAGGUGUGGUCGUUUCCAAUCCUGAUCCUGUAUUCCCUCGUGAAAUUGAUGGAGUGAGCAGAUCGGCUUCUGCACCGACGAUUGCGGACAUGUCGGAUGAUUUGAUAGUCGCUUUGACUCCGGAGAACCUGCCGGUGUUGUUGGAUUAUUUGAAGCAAUGCGAAUCCAAAUUGGGUGAAUGGAAAGUCAGAGUGGAAACAGUCAUUGACUUGGCUGGUGGAAAUCGAUCCUCCCUGUAA